UCGAUGGUCGUCGAUUCGACCGCGAUUUGAAAAGCUCCUACGGUUCGGGGGCACUCGGAGAUUGCUCGUCUAGGGCUGGGUUUCUGUCCUAAAGUUUCUGCGACUUCCCAUGUCUGUUUAAUCACCACACGAUAAAGAUCCGAAGGAAGAUGGUGUGGGGCUUGUUUCCAGCCGGCGCCGGUGGACAGAAGUACUAUUUCUUUUCUAAAGGAACCUACAAAGUAGGUCGAAAAGAUUGUGAUGUGAUUAUUCAAAAUGAUAGAGGAGUCUCUCGAAUUCAUGCGGAGUUAGUUGUUGAUGCAAUGACUUGUCGGGAUCCUCUACAAAACAUGUCUGACAGUUUCCUCUCAGAUGUUCGUAUCAAGGAUUUGUCAAAAUAUGGUACAUUUAUAAACAAGGAAAAAGGGUCGAAGGCAGUAAAUGAGUUACCUAAUAAGGAGACAACUCUGAAAAAUGGGGACCUGGUAUUGUUUGGAUCUGGUAAUGCAGUCUUCAGGUUUUGUUUUGUUCCCCUCACACUUUUCAUUCAUUCCUUGAAGCCCUCCCGAGCAAAGCCUUCCCUUCAAGACAUUAUUUCAUCUAUUGGCGGAUCUGCCACUCACACUUGGAAUGUAGAGUGCACCCAUGUGAUUGCUGACGAGUCAACAUCAGUUACAGAAGACCUUAUCAAUGCCAUUUUGGUACAAAAACCUGUUGUCCGUGGUGAUUGGGUUAAGGUUGUUGCAGACAAAAAUAUUCAGACUGAACUUCCGAGCUGGAGCCAGUAUGUUCCAAACCUGAGGUUAGAUGGAGUGACAAUCAAAAUCACGGCACCUGAAGUUCGGGAAAUCUGUUUGGCUGGCCAUACCUUGGUGUUGGGGUCAUCACAUUUGUAUAAAUUUGGGGCCCAGUUGAAGUCAUUACUGGAAAUGUGCAGUGCAAAAGUUGUUCUUGUUGAUGAAUAUUGUUCGAGUAAUGGGACAUUGGUAGAAGGAGCAAGCAAUUCUGUGGUGCUUGUAAGCCCUGAAGGAUCGCUGAAUGAAUUCAACCAUUUCCCCCAACUCAUUUCACUGCCAAGAGUCAAUGACAUGAAGUUAGUUGCUGCUGUUUUAUCUGGGCACUUCGAUCCUUCUAUUGUGGAGUCACCUUCGAUUGCUGUCUCUUCUCAGUCCACUGAUGAGACCAUAGUAGCAGAUUCCGAUGCGGAAACGGAUACUGUGACAUCUGAUCAUGCUGCUGCAGUUGCCCGAUCAGAAGCUGUGAAAUAUGAAGAGAAAAAGGAGAUGUCUGAGGAUCAAGCUGAUGUUGUGUCAGAGAAGAAACUUUCAGGCUUCAUGGUUGAGGAUGGUGGUAUUAAAGAAAGAAAGAACAAAGGUGAUGAAUCCGAGACCACUGGACACCAAAAUUCAGACAUAAUUUAUAGUCAAGAUUUGAUUGUCAAAGAUCUCAUCAUGUCAGCUGAGGCCCAGUCUAUAGCUAACAAGACAAUGGUCAAUUUCAAAUGCUUCAGAAAGAGAGAGACUCCCUCCGGGAAUAGCUUCAAAGACCUGAUUCCAUUCUCGAAAGACCCAUAUAAAGAAUCUGACCUUGGAAACGAAGAGGUAGCUGAGUACGUGAGAGAAGAAAAGAAGCGAAAGCAAAAAGAAGCUGUUGCAGAAGACCUAUUCAACAGCGAAAAGGUAAAGCGACGUGGAGCAGCUGGUUUGACUCUCCGCGGUCUCCUUACUCGUGGCUGAAAAUGUGAAAUUGUCAAGCUUCAGGUGAUGUAAAUUAUAAGAACUCUCUCUAAUAUGUAGGAAAUGAAUCAUGGGAUAUUCCCAAGUGCUAAUGGUUGUUGAUGGGUUGCAAUUUUGUUUAUGGAAUCAUUUGAGAGAUUAUUGGUC